AUGGCGGAACCACAACCCAAGGUAGACCUCUAUGCGCCCUUCGAGCGUGACACCAUCCUCGAGGUGCGCGCAAGCAAGAUGAAGAAAAUGAAGGGUCUCGAGGUCAUGAGCGGAAUCGACAAGACCAUCAUUGACGGCCCUGUAUACGUCGGCCGCGCUGGUCUGGAAGGCGAUGAGAGCGACCCGACCUUCCACGGCGGCAUCGACAAGGCCGUUCACGGCUACUGCUCCUCCCACUACCCAACCUGGGCCUCUGAGCACCCCUCCUCCGCCUCGGCCUUUGUCCCCGGCGGCUUCGGCGAAAACCUCGUCACAGCCCACAUGAACGAGCGCAACGUCUGCAUCGGCGACACAAUGAUCAUCGGCAGCCCGUCCGCCCUAACCUUCAACCCAGAAACUUGCCUCCUUCUCCAAGUCUCUCUCCCCCGGCAGCCGUGCUUCAAACUCAACCACCGCUUCCAGCUGAAGAAGUUUGCCCCCUUAACCUGGAAGCACUCGCGAACAGGCUGGUACUACCGCGUCCUGCGUCCGGGCCUCGUCCAAGCCGGCGACGAAAUCCGCCUCGUCUCUCGCCCGCACCCGCAAUGGACCAUGGAGAGAAUCCAAGAGUAUCUCCACCGCAAUCAAGACGACGAGGCCAUGAACGCCGAGCUGGCGCAAAUCGAAGAGCUCGGCGCAGAAAGCCGAGACGCCUUCAAAGCCCGCGUGGCCCGCUCCGCAGCCAAGAAGAAGAGAGCCGAGAAAGCCGCUCGAUGGCGCGCCUUCCGCGUUGUCCAGCGGCGACAGGAAACACCUCGGAUCGCCUCUUUCGUCCUCGAAGCCGUCGACCCCAUCGUCCCCGUUCCCGGCGACGAAAAGUCCAUCCUCCUUAAACCCGGCGCGCACGCGCGCGUUAAACUGGGUAACGGGUUGGUGCGCGCUUACUCCAUCGUCAGCGCCCCCGACGAACAAGCCUCGGUCAACCGCUUCCAGCUCGGCAUCGCGCUCGAGCCUCAGUCCCGCGGCGGCUCCGCCUUUUUCCACUCGCAGGUCUUCGAGGGCCACGUCCUGCAGGUAUCCGCCAACUUCACGAACGCGGUGCCGAACGGGGCCAGCGCGGGCGGGAUCUCGCACCACAUUUUUGUGGCGGGCGGCGUGGGCAUCACUGCGUUUUUGCCAAGUCUCGAACACUUCCAGAGCAUCCAUGUCUCGUGCGAGCUGCACUAUGCCGUGCGGUCCGGCGAGGAUGUUCCGUUUCGGGAGCGGCUGGAGAGGUUGAACGACGGGACGUGUGCGGUGAAAGUUUACGACAAGACCAAGGGCGAACGAUUGAAUGUUGGGGGCAUCGUGAAGAGUAUACCGUGGAACACAAUGAUUUACUUUUGCGGUCCCCGCGCGCUGAUGCUGGACGCCGCGGAGCAGGUCAGGAAAUAUGGCGUUCCGGAGGGGGAGGUGCACUUUGAGGCGUUUGAGGCGGAUAUCAGUGGAGAUCCGUUUGAGGUGGUGGUUGCCAACAAGGAAGGAAAGACCUUGCAGGUGCAAGGGAGGAGACGUUGUUGGAGGUUCUGCAAAAGGAGUUUGGAGAUGAAGAGGGGCGGGAGGGUGGAACAUAGGGGGACAGCGUUGUCGGCGGAGGAGAAGGAGGGUGCGAUGUUGGCUUGUGUUAGCAGGGGGGUGGGGAGGAUUGUUAUUGAGAUUUGA